CUUGUCACGAUUCGAAUCGAUCAAAUGGCGAAGUGUUGAAGAAAUGAGAAACAGUGUAGAACAUGGACACAUUUGUCACUCUAGAGCGCCAUGCUUUAGGGGGAUUUGGGUUCAGUGUUAUUGGCGGCGUUGAUACGCCUUUGCCUCCCAUGGUCUGUGCUGUGGUGCAAAAUGGAGCGGCACAUCUGAGUGGAAAGGUCCGUGCUGGUGAUGUUAUUCUUGAAGUUAAUGGCAAGCCCAUUACUCAGCUCACCACUAGUGAAGUGGUGCAGUGUAUUAAAGACUCGACAGAUGAGCUCUUCUUACGUCUCAGAGAGGACACAGGUGCAAGACAACGGGCCAAGCCCUACCUACGAACAUUCACUGUUGCUGACCCUAAAGUCCAGCUAUAUCAAGCCAAGUUGCAUCGAACUGCAUCGGCCCCUUUGGGCCCUCAGCGCAUAUCCUGUUCAGAUUAUCAAAAACAGCGUCAUGGCAAAAAUAGAAGUCAACUGAACGCAAGUCAAAGCAUGAGGAGAACUAUAGGCUCAAAGUCUGAAGAUACUUGCCUAUCAAGUGGCCAAAGUGGCAAAGGGUACAUACAUGGGACAGAUGGACAAUAUUCACCAACAGAAACAGAUGAAUCUUACAGACUUAUGACAUACUUUCCCAUAGAUGGGCGCCCUCCAAAAACUGUUGAAAAAUUACCAGUUGUGAAGAGAGAUAGGAACAGUUUUCCUGAGAAUAAAAUUGGCUCAUCAUCUUCUAGCAUUUCAUCUCACCUUAGUGCACAAUCUUUUCCUCAUAGUUGUCCUUAUUGCGGUGGCACAAGUCUCCUGGCAAGUUCACCAGGGCUGCAUAGGGAAGGAGGUACACCGCAAAGCCCUACUAGGAUAAAGUGUAGGAAAUGUGGAAAGAACCUACAAUUAUCUUCUAGUGGGACUAGUUUACCGGAGCGCCCCUAUACCUCCCAUCACCAGGGACAUGCACCAUCACGUCUAAAACCUUCGACAUCAUUACCGCCUCAUGCAUCAUCCUCACAUGGUCAUGAGAGAAUACUAUUACAAAGUGGGAGUUUAGAUGACCACAGGACUGGAAAUGGAAGCAUUGUACCGCCCAGAGUAGAAGAUUACGAUGGGCCCCUUUCUAGUGAUUCUUUAAUAGGAAAACCCAGAUGGGUCGAACAUGAAAGCCCACGAACACUGGCGUUCAGGCUCUUUAGUCUAGACGGUUUUACAAAAGACCAAGUGGCCCCUCAGCUUUAUAAAAAUACUACAUUUGGUAAGACAGUAGCUGUGGAAUACCUAAAGCUCUUUAACUUCAGUGGACUUUCAAUAGUGGAAGCAUUGCGCGUAUUCACCAAGGCCUUCCUGCUAAUAGGAGAGACGCAAGAAAGAGAACGAAUCCUCAUUCCAUUCUCUAAUAGAUAUUAUCAGUGCAACACACCAGAUUAUGGGUCUGCAGAUGCUGUCCACACUCUAGUUUGUGCAGUUCUUCUUCUCAACACUGAUCACCAUGGCGAGAACAUUGGCAAGAAGAUGACUCUUUCCCAAUUCUUGGAGAACAUGGCUGGGUUAUGUGAUGGGCAUGAUUUCCCUAAAGAUUUGUUGAAGUCAAUAUACCAAGAGAUCAGGACUAACCCGCUUGAGUGGUCCGGCAUUAAGCCUUCUGAUACACCGCCCACCCCAAAAACUCCAAGAAGUGCAAAUGGUAUACGGGCAUCACCAGGAAAUCCAUACUUAGAGAUUCAAGUCGAUGAAAAAGACAAAUUAUUUAAAGAAGGCCUGCUGUACCGAAAAGUUACAAUGGAAUCAGAGGGAAAGAAAACCUCUGCAUGGAAGCGUAAAUGGAUACCAUUCCAUGCAACACUCAAGGGCAUGGUCCUUUUUUUGCACAAGCCUGAUGAAAUAAACUCAGUGGAAGACAGACGGCACUGCCUUGGCGUGCAUCACUCAUUAGCCUCCCGAGCAACUGACUAUAAAAAGAGACCAUUUGUCUUUAAGUUCGUCACAGCAGACUGGAGAGAGUUUCUCUUCCAAGCAAGGGGUCGUACAGAUAUGUCGGAAUGGAUAGCUGCCAUAAAUCAAGUUGCUGCCACGUUCUCAGCACCCCCUCUGCCCCCUCCAAUAGGAUCUUGCAAGCGGUUCCAGCGCCCAUUGUUGCCAUUCUCAAAAACUAAAUUACCAUUGCCAAAACAGCUGGAAAGCCACGAAUCCAAGGCCUCCCAAUGCCAAGAAGAAUUGAUCGACUGUCUAAAAGAGGAGCCACGUGACGGAACCACACGUGAGAUGCAGGAGUGGCAAGAGAAAAGGGACUAUCUGGAUUAUGAGUACAAGCGUUACAUGGCAUACGUGAAUGUGUUACGUGGUUCCAAGCUCGAGAGUAAGAAGCGUGACAAGCCCAAGGGAGACCCAAGGUCAGACCCAAGGUCAGCAGAGUCCAUUAUGAUGCAGAUGAAGCGAAGUAGCUCGUUAGGGAAUCUUGAUUGCAGCACGGGCUUCCGAGCCAAAAAUGUCAGGGAAAGUUAUUUCAUGGCUAUUUACCAGUGAAUAUAAUGUACUGUGCCAAUUUGCCAAUGAAUGGUUGAAGGGAAUAGUGAGUCUGGAGGCAAGGGCGGUAGGAACAGAAUUUGUCAGACGACAUGAAGCUACCUAAUAAACCCACGAAACGGUUAACUAUGAUGUUUUUUCGGAGUUUACAAAGUCGAAUGGUCUGUGUUUUAAAUACCAACAAAGAAAGCGCGUCGAAAAUUGUUAGAGGGGAUUCCGUUGUUUUAUCAGGUACAUUAAGGUAGCCUGAAAAAUUCUACACACACUAUUUUGACCUGUUUCUUACCGCUGAGCCAUGAGCCUGCAAUACUGAGUUGACUAUUUAUACAGUUGUACCGUCAUAAUAGUGUAUUUUCAAUGGUCAUUUAUAUCAGAGACAGAUUUUUAUAUAGCGUAUCUCAUCCACUCCAUUCACACAUUUGCGUUUUCGUAUUUAUUUAUUUUGGUGAAACCUCUAUAAUCAGUCUUGUUGAAAAUAUUCAUAUAUUAUAUAUGAAUAUUUAUAUAUUUGAAUGAAAGCAUUUUGAGCUUGAAUGUUCUUAACUUGUUUUCUUUUUCAUGGAACUUUCCUAAAUUGAUAAAAAUAACAACUCUUAGAAUAUUCAUGAUCUAGUAUAAAAUAUUUUUGUAGGUUUAGUAUCUUAAAUUGAUCAACAAUCACCAAGAAUUUAAUAUAUUUGAAUAUAUAAAGGGAUAUUAUUGAAUAACAUAUAGCUAAAAAAAAAUCCCGUUAUUUUCUCAAAAAUAGAAAGGUGCAAGUGAAUGCACAUUGUUAUUGUUUACAAUGCAAAGUGAAACUCACGGAAGUAUAAAAGAAGAUGCUCUAAAAUUCUGUUCCAAAAAGUAAGUAUCUAAGUUCAGUAUUUUAGAGGCUAAUCUAGUGCUUAAAUGAAUGCCAUUAUUUAAAAGACUUGAAACUUUAAUUCAAGGCAGCUGCUCUUUUGCUUAGCUCCAUAUACAGUAGAACCCCGCUAACUUAAACUCCCCUAUAACUUGAACUAGCUCGGCUUUCCUGCGGUUUGAAUCUAAAUACCAGCCAUUGUAUACAGCUAACUCAAAAGCCUGAUAACUCGAACUCAAAACCCUGAUAACUCGAACUCAAAACCCCGAUAACUCGAACUCAAAACCCUGAAAACUCGAACUCAAAACCCUGAUAACUCGAACUAAAAUCCUGAUAACUUGAACUCAAAACCCUGAAAACUCGAACUCAAAACCCUGAAAACUCGAACUCAAAACCCCGAAAACUCGAACAUCCCUGAUAACUUGCACAUGUGUUGUUUUUAAAGUCUAUAACAAUAUAAGUAGCUUUUUAUAAAUAUAUGUAUUAUUUUCGAUCGACCCCGAUAACUCAAACCCCCACUAACAAGCUUCGAGUUAAUGGGGUUUUACUAUGUAUAUCAUAUGCCGAAAUGAAGUCGGAUAAUCACAACAGCCCCCUUUUUAAACUGUCGCUGCGCGCUACCGUGGCCACCAAAACAAAGUAUUAUAAAAGAUAGAUUAAAAACGCACUUCUAGGCGUGCAUUUUUACUAAAACCUUGAAAUUGUAUAGAGCUCGAUAAGUUACGGUAUACUUGUGCACUUUUUUUCUUUUUGAGUGGUAAGUAAAGUAAAAUGUGAAAGGUGUUUCUGGGGGCUUAUCAGAUAAUUUCCUUGGCGUACUACUUUGUGCACCUCGGGUAAAAAAAAUGUGCAUUUUUCUUUCAAAGGAAAUCAUUGCUUGAGUCAAAGAGUAUUAGUUAAAAUGCUACUCUGACUCAAGGAGCGCAUAUAGAAUGGAUAUUAGGCUAAAUUAUAUAUUUUAGUUACAGUUAGCCGCCAUGUAAUAAGUUGCAUCUCUUCCAGACUGACAACAAAAUCUGGUGACUAGACAAUAUUAAAUCCUUAUACUUAUAGAAUUUUAAUAACAACUCAUGCGUCAAUCAUGUCAACAAAUAAACAAAGAUUGUAAUG